CACAGCCUGACGGAUAAGCAGCAGAAGCUGGCGGAGAAGAUCAGGUCCAAGGAGUGGCGGCUGGGCAACCUGCGCACUGAGAGUGAGCGCAUCCGCGCCAAGGAGCGGCAGGAGGGCGGGCUGAGUGCGGGGCAGGCGGCCACCCUGGCUAGGAACCACGAGGUCAUGGACCGGCUGUCGGAGGAGGUGGAGGAGGUGGAGGAGGCGCUGCGGGAGAGCAUCCGGGACUCGCUCAUGGAGAAGCACCGAGAGGCCCAGGCGGCUCGCGGCGAGGGCAAGAAGCGGCGGAGGGGCGGCGAGGAGGAGGAGGACGACGCCGGCAGCGAUAGCAGCGAUGAAUUUUUUGACCGUACGGCAGCGGGGGGUGGUAAGGAGGGCGGAGGAGGCAAGAGGAGGCAGAAGGGCGGCGGCGGUGCUGGGGCGGCAGG